AUGUUCUGUCGUUCUCCUCCAACAACUUCAAAUAUAAAUGAGAACAACACGCGCCACAAUGCCACAAUAGUCGCAGCAGAAGAAAGCAGCGGUUUGCCGUUGUGGGCGAUUCUGCCUUUUGUCGUGCUUGCCUUUCUCGCAGUUGUUUGCUUCGUUAUCCUUCUCAUUGCCACUAGGAUCAGAGGUUUCGCCAGUGUUCGCUUUUUCAGAAAAACAGCACAUGAGCCUGAAAAUGGAUUGUCU